AUGGAUCCCAGCGAGCGGCCAGUGGGCGAGGCGGUGCGGAGCGCCAGUGCAGCGCCUGGCCCACGGCGAGCACCCUUGCGGCCCGGCUCUCCCAGCGGGCAGCUCCUUCUUCCAGAGCGUGCGGCGCCGGGUGAUGCAGCGCGUGCUGAGGCGGUGGCGCUUGCGGGCGUGGGGCCCGGGCACCCCGUCAGGCUGUGUCAGGAUGGCCGUGGCCCUGGAGCCACCGGGCAGCGUGCUGGGAGGACCGGCCUCGCUGCACCGCAGCACACCCUGCAGCUCACUGGAGAAGCUGUCCGUGCCGCUGGGCAGCAGCAGGGGCUGUGGCUUCUGCUUCGGCAGGUGCUGGCCUGGCAGUCCUGGGGCGCAGUGCGGUGGAGCGAGCACACCCUCCAGCGGCGCGUCCUCCUCAGUUGGAGCCACUGGGCCACGGCCCAAGCAGCCCGGAGAGAGCUGGCUGCCCGCUGGGCCUGGGGUCGGAGCUGCAGGGCUGCGCUGGGCCUGUGGCGGCGGCGGCUGGCGCAGUGGCAGGAGGCGGAGCGGUGGGCUCAGGAGCGGGGCUGGCGACUGGCGCGUGGCGCCCUGUGCUGGUGGCGCUCCCGCUGGCUGAGGCAGCAGUUCCUGCGUGACAGGUACCAGAGGUGGGUGCAGGGCCGCCACCAGGGCCUGCGGAGGGCCGUGUUCCAGGGCUGGCGCCAGGCGACGGCUCAUCGGAGACACACGGCGGCCCGGCCAGAGCAGCUGCUACUGCAGAGCUACCUCCAGGCCUGGCGUGAGGUUGUGAGAGCACCAGGGGCGAACCAGGCCCAGCAUCGAGACUUCCAGGAUGGCCCGAGGACAAGGGCGCUGGCAGCCACACUGCCCACGCGGCAGGAAGCCCCAGCGGCUGCAGCCCGGGCACCGGAGCAGCUCGUGGCCCAGGCUUCCCUCGCCCGCUGGAGAAGCCGCGUGCAGCGGGCCCAGGCAGACAGGCAGCUGUGGCGGGCCCGGGCCCGGCAGGCCUUCGCAGCCUGGCGAGUGGCCCUGGGCCGGCUCCGUGGGGCCCAACAACUGGCAGAAUGGAGAGCUGGGGUCCAGGCGGCCCUGUGCUGGACCCCAGGGGUAUGCCAGUCCCGCCUUGGCCAGGCCAGCGGAGCCCACGCUACCUGGAAGCUGAGCGUCCGGGUUCUAGAGGCCUGGGCCCAGUCGGUGGCCCAGGACGGUGUCCAGCAAGCUGCUGUCACCCAGCUCCAGCAGGCUGGGCUCUGGCACCUCCUGCAGACCCACUGGGCGCAGUGGCGGACAGCGCUGCUCAGAGUGUGGCUGGGACGGCAGCCUGGGGCCCAGGAAGCCAGCACCGUCUGCACAAGGCCCCAGGCCAACCUUAUGCACUGGCCCAGGAUGGCCAGCAGGGGGCACCUCCUGCUGCUGCUGGACACCCCAGCCCCUUGGAAGCAGACCCGCAGCUGCUGGACACAGGCCAGAGGGCCAGUGCUGUCCAGGCCAACACUGCAGCACAGCCUCAGUGGACCGAGGACGCAGAGGGAAACGCCCUGGGCUCAGAGCUGGCUGCAGGGGCCCGACUGCUGUAGCUUGGCCCCAGGCCUGCCCCCAAUGAGACCAGGAGGGCACCACAGCCCCGAACCCAGGGCCCUUCAAAGCCAAGGUUGGGCCCAUAAAAGGAGGCUGGGGAGGAAGUAUCUGCAGCGCUGGCGCCUUGAGGCACUGCUUCGCCAGUUGCAGGGCUCCCAGACGGCCCGGCACCUGGCUGUGAUGUGGCAGCGCUGGGUGGAUGCUCAAGGGUCGGAGCAGCUGGCACGGACCCUGCUCAGGGAGUGGCACCUGAGAAGGGCCUGGCGGACGUGGCGGCAGCGGAUCCUGAGACUGCGGGUGGCUCAACGGUUACAGCAGCAAGAAGACAGCUGGGUCCUUUCCCAGGCCUUUAAGAAGUGGCAUCAGCGCCUGGCAACCAGGAGCCCAAGGAGAGGAGCCGCCAGCAGCCCAACACUCCUGAGCAAGCCAGGCACCUGGAGCCCCUGGAGCAGGGAAGCUCCCGAGUUCCCAGGGGUGGAGGGCUUGGGGGCCCAGCUGCAGCUGUAACUUGUUCCAGUAGAAUAAAAAGCACAACUAGGUGGAAAAAAAAAGAAAGAGAAAGAGAGAGAG